CGAGGCCGCCGCCGCGCUGCCCUCGCUGAGGACUCCAUCCUCUUGGAGCUGGGUCUGCCUGUCUGUGUGCCAGUGGGAGCUCGCAUACAGGGCAUCGCCCAAGCUUGGGGAUGAUGCCCCCUCAGACAGGUGCAACUGGGCACCCCAGAGUUUUUGCUCUGGUUUCUGUGCCUCUGCUUUGUCCCCGCAGCAUCAAACAGACCCUGAAGAGGCUGAACCUCACAGCUCAACUGUCUCUCCUGAAUUCCAGAGCAGGCAGGCACUGCCCGCACAUCCUGGGCACAGAUCACUCUGUGCCACAGCCCAGCUGUCCUGAGCUGCUUGUGCCUGUAGUGCUACUGCCACAUGUGUAUUGGACACCACCUUUGUCUGGAGACUGUGGCCAGUCUCCUCCAGUGGGAUGUGUGACAAGGGAUGUCUCUUCUUCCCUGGCACUGUGGCUUCACUGGGGCUUUGCUUGGAACCUCGCAGGAUCCCACCAGCCCCAACAGGGGACGUUUUUCCCCCCUGCUGUCCCUUCCAAGUCAGGGGCAAUGCAGGCAGCUGGCACACUGCAGUUAAGGUGUGUGAACAGCGUGUAGGCAGCAUGUGGGCAGUGUGUGGAUGCACGGUGAGGCCAUCACCCAGACAUGGUGGGCAGGCGGGGGGCCGGGGGCAUCUACCCCAGCUCCGGGCUGUGAGCAGGGGGUUGGGAAAGGCGUGUGUUUCCCUUUAAGAGGCAGGCCCUGGAGCUGCUUCCUCUCAGCCCUGCAAGAGCCCUAAACACAGUGCAUCUGCCUGCAGCCUGCCUGCACGCCUGCCUGCAGCCUGCCCGCAACCAGCCCCGGGCUCAGGGUUCAGCCUUGCUUCCCAGUCAUGCUGCUGCUCCCACUCCUCCUGAAGGCCACCCUGCUGUGCCUGGCCACUGGCUCCUAUCACCCCUUCUACAACGGCUUCUACUACAACCAUGUCAUGAAUGACGAUGGCAACGGGCAGGACAAAGAUUACUUAAAUGGAGCCAGAUUAGUGGUGGAAACCUCCAAAGACCCUGUCUACAGCUACAAUGGUGCCAAUGUCACCCUGCCCUGCCACUACCACUACGAGCCCGACCAGGGACCCAAGCGCAAAAUCCGCAUCAAGUGGUCCAAGCUGCGGGACGACUACACCAAGGAGCAGGAUGUGUUGGUGGCCAUUGGCAAGACCUACAUGGCCUUUGGGGACUUUAAGGGCCGUGCUCACAUCCUUCGGGCCAGCCGGCACGAGGCCUCGCUGGUCAUCAGCGAUGUGCGCUUGAAGGACGAUGGCAAGUACCGCUGCGAGGUCAUCGACGGGCUGGAGGAUGAGAGCGAUGUUGUGAACCUCCAGCUGCAAGGCAUCGUGUUCCCCUACCAGCCUCCCCGCGGGCAGUACAGGCUCAACUUCCACGAAGCCGAGCAAGCGUGCCAGGACCAAGGCGCCAUCCUCGCCAGCUUUAACCAGCUCUUCCAGGCGUGGAGCGAGGGGCUGGACUGGUGCAACGCGGGCUGGCUGGCCGACGGCACGGUGCAGUACCCCAUCCGCCUGCCCCGCAAGCCCUGCGGGGGCGUGCACCUCGCCCCGGGCAUCCGCAGCUACGGCCCGCGCCACCGGCAUCUCCACCGCUUUGAUGCCUUCUGCUUCUCCUCUGCGCUCAAAGGAGAGGUUUUCUACCUGGACCGCCCGGCUGGGAUGACGCUGGAGGAGGCCAAGCAGAGCUGCCAGGAUGCAGGGGCCGAGAUCGCCCUGGUGGGGCAGCUCUACUCCGCCUGGAAGUUCGCGGGGCUGGACCGCUGCAAUGCCGGCUGGCUGGCAGAUGGCAGUGUCCGCUACCCCAUCGUCACACCCAGGGCCAAUUGUGGCCCCGCGGAGCCUGGUGUCCGCAGCUUCGGCUUCCCCAGCAAGGGCAGGUUUGGAGUCUUCUGCUACAGAGAGAGAUAAGGAGCCGGGAGGGAUCCUUCUUGGAUGAAGGAUGUUUCCAACCUGCCAGUGCCCAGCGUUGGGCGUUUCCAAGGGCUUUUUUGGGGGUGACUGGGGGGAGGUGGGAUGAGGGGAGGUUUCUUUUUGUUUUGUUUUGUUUCCUUCCUUUAUAUUUUCCAUACCUUGCUCAGCAGCUGGCUCCUGCAGCUGCUCGGGGUGGCUGCCAGCUGGGCAGCGUGGGACAGUCCCUGUUGUGGGAUGUGUGCAAGGAUGAUCCCCAUGGGCUACUGCUGCCACCCCACUUGGCCGUGCCACCCCAUGGGUGGUGGCCCCUUCCUGCAGUGGCAGGUGGUCACUGACAUCCACCUGCCCUUCCAGGCUGGUCCUGCCUCUGAGCUCACGAGGCAAGGCCACAAGGGAGCGAGGCAAGGCUGGAUUUGGCCAGAGCAGAGAGCGGGUAUCUCCCUCGCAUCCUGGCCCCUCUUCCCUCAGCCCAACCCAUGUCCUGCUGAAGGAUGCCAUUGUGCCUGUCCCUGCCGGAGCACAAGUGCCUUAUCUCUAAGUGCCCCCUGCCUGGACUCCAUUCGAACUCUGGUGCCUUCUUCUUUGAGCAUUGGCUAUGAAAAGAUGUGUUUUUCUGGACAUCUUCUAAUAAAAUGGUGGA